AUGAAAUCUUUACUCAUCUUCGUGUAUUUAUUAUGGCUGAGAGGACAUCAGUGCGCACCUAUUGAGGAAGAAGAUGUAAAUCUUGUUGAAAACUUAAAAGUGUUAUCUGAAGUUGGAGAGAAAUAUGUAGAUGAAGAGGUAAAGAAAGCUCUGAUUGGCAUUAAGCAGAUGAAAAUUAUGAUGGAAAAAAAUGAAGUCAAACAUGUGGACCUGAUGAAAACCUUAAAGAAGAGCAGUGCGGAAAAAGAGGAGGCUUUGAGACUUAUGAAUGAAGUGAAAGAAAGACUGGAAGAAGAGGAAAACAUAUGCCAGGGCUCUUUGAAAAAUACAUGGGAUGAAUGCAAAUCUUGUCUAGAAAGUAACUGCAUGAGGUUUUAUACCACUUGUCGCCAUGGUCUGUCCACAUUUACAAGGAAGGUUGAAGAUUUUUUCAGGAAACUUACUCCAUUAUCACUUCCUAUGUCUGAGGCUAAGGGAAAAGACAUCCAGUUAAACCAAAAGCCCUAUGAAGAGAAUGCCCAGCUUGUACAAAUGGAAAAUUUGUUUAACCAGCUGUUGUCUGACAUGGGCACCAUCUUUGAAAAAAGUGUCCUUUUUUUCAAACACAUGCAAAAAGAGUUUGACCAGUCUUUCCAAACAUACUUUAUGUCCGAGCCAGACUUAACAGAACCCUAUUUUUUACCAGCUUUCCCAGAGGAAUCUACAAGAAAUCCUGGCACCCCAAGAGACCGGGAGGGACCAGGCUUCUUACAGCUAGUUUUUGAUUUCAGCAAAGCAGUCCUGGAAGGUGUGGGGGAAGUGAUUACUGAGGCAUUUGAAGGGUAUCAAGAGAGUGCAAGAGAGCUGGCAGAAAAAAUGGAAGAGUCCAACAAAAGUGGAAUGUUCUCAAAGAAUAUACUAGGACAUGAAAGAACUCCUUGCAGUCAGCUGCACCAGAAUUCAUCAGGGUGUCCACAGUUUCAUGAGAAAUGCCACAAAUGUCAGAAUGACCUUAUGCAAGUUUGCCCUAAUGUCCCCGAAUUACAUAUCAAGUAUGAUGAUGCUUAUAAGCUGGUUAACAUCUCUGAUGACCAGUACCAACAAAUUAUCCACAUGGUCCAACGUCACACAGAAGACACAUCCUACUUGUUGAAUAAAAUGAAACAAAGGUUUGGAUGGGUAUCCGAGCUAUCCAAUAUGACCAUUGGACCUGAAAACAUUUUCAAUAUAGUAAAGGUGUCAUCAAGUGCCAAAGGAGGUGAAACUUCCAGUCUGAAUGAAACAGUGGUAGAUGUGAAUAUUUUGACCUCACCUACUUUUACAAUUAAGGUGCCGCAGGAUCUAGACACUGAGAGUGCUGACUUUGUUGAAUAUGUUGCUGAGAAAGCUUUACAGCUUUAUAGAAAAAAUUUCUAG